AUGCCCCAAAAGCGAAACUUCUCCGGUUCAGGUUCCGGGCCCUCACCCUACACCAAACGCGCCCGCCCUUCGAACACCGAAUAUUCACAUGCCAAUGAUGACGAGGGAACGCAAAACUCCGUAACCCCCUACGAACAGCCUUGCAACCACCCUGUUUUUGGACAGCGAAGCGCCUUCCCGGGCCUCGAUUCAGUCGAUGGAGACGAGCUCUUUUAUGGGCCAGCUGAUGAUGGGUUGGAGUAUUUGAGGAUGGUUCGGUCCGAAGCCAACUCUCUACCUACGCUUUUCACUGCACCUGCAGCGGCGGAGCCACCAGCGAAAGCAAACGAGGUCACCCGCGAAACUGAGAACGUAUGCAACGAGCCACAACAAAAAGCCGAGACUCCAGAGGAACACCCGACACUAGUCAAGCGGCCUCUCGACGGAGUGUACUCCGACGGCGUAUACAUCGGCCUCACGCUCUCAAAAUCCAUCGGUGACAAGUGCUUCUCAGAGGCCCAAGCUAGUUACUACAACCUUCUCCACCACCGAUUUCUACUCCUCCGCUCGAUCCUAAAAUGUACUCCUCCGCCCGAAGCUAUUUCCGCUCUCGACGACGCGCAUCCCAUAAGCUUCCCAAGACAUUCGAAAAACGCGCAAAGGGAAUGGCGGCGCUUAUUGCUUGCAGUUGAUCCCCACAUGGUCCAGCUCGCGUGCAUGGAUAUGGACACCGUCCUGGGCGUGAUGAUCAUUGCGGGGCGGCUAAUGUCAGAGAAUGUGCGGAGCGGAGAUGCGACUUUGGUUCGGCGUAUCGGAGCGUGGAUAUGGGGUCUUUUGGGAAAGUGUAGAGACUCAGGCCAGUUGGGAGCUCAGGAGAUUGGUGAUAUUCGGGAGCUAGGAAAGCGGGCGAUAAGGAUUCUGCAGAAGCUGAGAGAGACGAAGGAGGUGCAGGAUGAUGGGGAAGAGGAUGGCUCUGAGUCUGAUGUGGACAUGCAAAAUGAUGAAAAUGUCCAAAUUGCGGAGAGCGAGAGAGUAGUCGAGGAUCAGGGCGCAGCUCAAAGCCUCGACCAACCCAGUGCGGAGAGGGCUACGGACGCGGAGGAGCUGGAGCGGGCGAAAGCACGGCUGGAAGCGCGAGUUCAAGCUGCUGGGAUUGGGUCAACAUCUCAGAUUAUAGGUGGGGAUGAUGGGGAGACUGAGGAGGAAGCGAUUGGAGCUGAUGUCGAAACACAAACCCGAGUGAUGCUGGACAUGAUUAUCACCAUAGUUGGAGAGCACUAUGGACAGAGGGACUUGCUGGAGGCGCGCGAAAUAUGGACCGAUGUGGAGCAACGGCUCAUGUGA